CAGCCAUUUAGGCAAAAGAUUGGUGCUCUGCGCGCUAGGCUGUGGACCUUCCUGCUCCAGUCAUUCUACUCUGUCUGCCACAUGCAGGGAUGGGAGACCCUACCCUCCAAGCACAGAGAGAGGAUACUGGCAGGUGCUUUUGAUAAAAGAAACAGUAGAAGACUUGGGGGAAAGCCUGUAUUCACCAGCUCAAAGCAGCCGAGAGGUGUAAGAUGCCCUUGAGUUCCUGCAGCUCCUUGUGAAAGACCUCUUGUCCACAGGACCAUUUGGGUCAUCAGGAACACAGGGAAAGGAAGUUGCACUGCAGUUACAUCAUCAGCCACCAUGAAGUCAGACGGGCUGGGGACGCCAGGCCUCCCAUCCACCGCAGGGAGAGGGACUGGUGCUACCAAGCCUGGAGACACUGGCCCAUUCAGGGCAAAGAACGUCAAGACCAAGCAGCCAGGCGACCACCAGAGCACCACGGCUAAAGCCAAGACUACAACCUCCGCAUCAGCCAAACCAGUGCUCAACGGUACGGCUGGCCCAGGGGGGGCUAGGAGGGAGGUAGCCACCGCUAACGGACCCAGGGGGUCCCCAACAGGUGGGAAGGGGACUAAGGACCAGGACAGGAAGCCUAGCCCUAACCCUGGAGCCAGGCCCAAGACCUCUCCCCCAGGCACCACCUCCACAGCUCAGGCCAGGCCAGGGAAGCUGCAGAAGAAUACAGCAGGGAAGGGUGACUCUCUUCAGGGGGCAGACAGCAGCACAGCCCACCCGGCAACUACCACCCCCUCCACAUCCGGCAGUGCCUCUCCUGACAACAGUUCCGGAAGCCCACGCAACUGCCCCACCAUGCCAGAUCUUAAGACAAAAACCCAGGCUAAAGUUCUGACCAAAUCUCCACUGACCAAACCCCCCCAGAAAACAGACACCACAAAGAUCAACAGCCCUACCAAUAAGCCUAGCACCAGAGAGGCCAAUAAAGCCAAGCUCUCCGCUACAGGAAGAACAACAACUGUAGGAACAGGAGCCAGAGCAGACACAAAGGGGAUGAGCACACCAACAGGCUCAGCUGAGAACCAGGUCUCUAGACCUGGGUCAUCCCUGAGUGCCAGAAAACCUGCGUCUCCCAGGAAAGAGGAGGAUAAGGAUGGUUCCAAAGUCUCAGCAGACAAAGCAGCCAGGAAGACCACAAAAACCACCCCAGUUACCGCAGCCACAGCCAAAUCUACUUCUAAACCAGUAAAAGCCAUCUCCAGCUCCUCUCCUUCCAAACAGCCUCCACUAGCAACGGCCAAACCUGGGCCAAAGCAGAAUGCUACUUCUGAAUCUCCUACAGAGAAAGCCUCACCCAAGUCAGCGGGGCCAGUUAAAAACGUAUCCUCUGUCAUUUCAUCCAAAAAGCCUGCAGCUAAAGAGAAAGAAGGAUCUAAUGGUAAAACCUCUACAGAGACCCAGCAGGCUAAUGACACUGGUUCCGGAGCAGAGAGGGUCUCCUCACAUUCAGAUCCCAGAGAGAAGGCCUCAGAGCCAGUAACAACAUCCACAGAGCAGAGUCCAGCUCAUAACAUCCCACUACCACCAUGCUCCCAGGGCCACAGUGGAGGAGGGGACUCCCUCUCCUUACCCCUGAAUGCCAGUCCUCAGAAAUCUGCCAAACAACCAGGUAAACCUAACUGUACAAGAGGAGUCAGGGCUCUGUCCAAUCAGCCACCAGCAAUCAACCACAUAUUUAAUGGGAAUAACCUUGUAAGCGGAGAGCCUGCUAAGCACACAGAGGGGACACACACAUGUAAACACACUCCUGGCUCAGCCACAGACCUUCCACUGGACACCCCAACUCCAGGCAGCCCUCUGGAGGACUCGUGGAGCAGCCUGCACCACCAGGUCAGCCCCGAGUCAGAAUCCGGCAGUGCCACCACCUCAUCAGACGACAUCAAGCCUCGCUCUGAGGACUACGACGCCGGGGGCUCCCAGGACGAUGUGGAUGACUGCUGCUCCAACGAGCGCGGCGAAUCCAAAGGAGGCGGCACCAUGCGUUGCCAUGACUUCCUGGGUCGCAGUAGUAGUGACACGAGUACGCCUGAGGAGCUGAAGAUGCUGGAUGGUGGACUGCGGGUUGAGGUGAGGCUGAAGGGGUGCGAGGUAGAGACCACCAGCGAGGAGGAAGGGGUGAAGCAACGGCCGCGCUCCUGGCUGAGCAGGGACCGAGACGAGGUCCCUGUUGAGGAGGAGGUGCAGACCAAUAUUAUGGUGAAGCAGGUCCCCGACAGCCAGCUCUUCUCCUCUGAGGAGUCCGAGGAGUCUGAGGAAGAGGAUGAGAGGUCAGAGGUGGAGGUUCUUCCUGUUCACCAGGCCCCUCUGCCUCCUGCCGAUCCCUCUUCUCAAUUCCAGGGCAUUGUGAACAUGGCCUUCGAGGAUGGAGCUGACCCUGGUCAAGUCAACGAACAGCAGCAGCAACUGGACUACCAAUCAGCCUCUAACUUCCGCCGCUCUGUUCUGAUCUCUGUUGACGAGUGUGAGGAGCUGGGAUCAGAGGAGUGCGGGGUGCAGACUCCGCCCCAGCAACAGCCUGAUGACCCCCUCACGCCCUGCGACGUCUUCGGGAGCAACCCUUCUCCGGCCCCUCAGUCAGUCCCCAACUUUGUCUCUCACUCUGGGGGGCACCUGGCAUCGGACUUUCCCAAAAACACACCUCAGCAGCAGCAGGAACAAGGCAACGAGCACGAGUCCAACAACAACAAACCCAACAAACCCAUUGUUUUCCUCACUGAGAUCCAGGAUCCUCUGGUAGAUGACCAUAACCCCACCAAAGUGGAGGGAGUAGAGCCCAGUCCUGGUUGCCCUUCUCUGGACCAUGACCCCACUGACCUGCCUCCCCAAGAGCGAGAGAGACCCUGCCACCUAGACCUCCGGCCUGCUGAACAGUACAGCAAUGGAGGAUCACCACGCAACAACCCCUCAACCAAGCCUAGCCAAGCAUCUGUACCUGUGCAUGUAGACAGCAAGAGAUCAGACUUACAUACAGACUUAAAUGACCCUCAGCAGAAAGGGGGCUCUCCUGUACAUGCAGCUAUCCCACAAUCCCCAGCAGGGGGCAUUGAAGGACAAUGAGACAGACUGGAUCAAACAACAACCCCAACCUGUACACAUGACUGACGCCCCUCCAAAGCCCUCUCUACCAACUACGAACUGAACUUGAGACAAGCUUUUGAGCACCUCAGCUCCUCUGACAACCGCAGCAGGAGGAGCACAGUGGGGUAGGAGGAGGAGAACGACAAAGAGGAAGAUUACAAUGAAGAGAGUGGUAAGUUUGCGGAGCGUGACUGGAGCAUGCUGAAGCAACUCUUGGCUUCAUAAACCCAGUCCCUGAGGACCUAAACCUAGCCCAGUAUCUCAUCAAGUAGAACCUGUCCGUCUCCCGGGACUGCCUGGACACCCAGCAAACCUUCCUGCUCCACGAGAAGGAGAAAUUUAAACGCUGGGCAGAGCUCAUAUCACCCCUGGAGGACUCCACAACCAGCAUCACUGUGACCAGCUUCUCGCCCGAGUAUGCUGCCUCUCCGCAGGGGUAGUGGACCAUCAUGGAGCUAGAAACUUAUCACUGACAAAGCCUAUACAGAAUUAAGGACUAAUGGAUCAUCUUGGAGUUAGGAACACAUCACUUGAUUGACAGGUUUAAGGACUAAGGAGACACUAUGUUAACUUCUUUCUGGAUUUAUCAACCUUCUCUCUAGAUUCAUCAACUAAACAACACUUCUUCUGAGACAGACACUACAACAGUACUUUCUAUCAGCGGGACCUGUUACACUUUCUCUCUGGACUUCUGCAACAUGUCUAUGGUUUACUGACAUCUACAGUACCACAAUUAUUCUGUCUUGAUGUUUGAGUCAUCCUCUAUUUAUUGGUUGACUGUCUCAUGCUUUUUAUGCUGCUUUUUAUGAGCUUUGAGUUUUUUCGGACUCUCAAACUGAACUUGUUUGUUUGCAUUCAGUCCCCUUCACAGUGCUUGACUUGGACGGAAAUAGGUUCCAGUACUAAUUUUGGGUGCCGGUACUGUUUAUAAUUAGGUAAAGGAGCUCCACAACACCUUUUGAUAAGAGGAACAGGAGCUCAAGCCGUAGAACAUUUUAGGUGCCGGAACUCAGCUCCAGUGAGCUCCUGCCCAAGUCAAGCUCUGCCCCUUCAUCAUCUUCAGUUAUAUCCUUAAUACUUAAUGGACUGAGAGUUUAGACACAAAUAAGGUGUUGUGCAUGCGGACAUUUGUGUAUGUUUAACUGUUUACUUGGUGUUUGCAACCUUCAGAAAGAAGAAAAUAAAAAAUACAUGUUUUUCUUA